AGCCCAGAGAGCUGUAAAGUUAAAUUAAAGAAACACCGCCCUGGUGAUCUAGAGCAUUAAUAACACAGUUUAUGUUGCAGCUUUAUGCGCUGUGGUGACAUCAGGCGCACAACAGAAGGUACGCGCACAUGGGCGAACAUUUGAGUCAGUUACCGAAAACAAACUUUGACAAAGUCGACACAGCAACAGAGGAAUAAGAGGAAGCUACAAUGUCUAAUUCGGGUUCCUAUGCCGGGAAUACACGGAGGUCUUCUGGUGUAGCACGUGCAAAUAAACCCCCGGAUUUAGAGCUGUCGGAAACUACUUUCACCCCACCUGAACCGGAGACACCUGUGGGCGAAGACACGUUUUCUGAAAGAGACACAAUGCCAGAGGAUGGUAACUCGUCAACAAAUGUACCAACUGUUCACCUCCACCCGUAUUUAUCUCAUCCCCGGAUGUCUGUGCGGAUGUCGGUGUAUAGUACCGGGGUUCGUCCAGUCGUCACCCGCGCCUACAUCCAAGGACGCGUGUAUAACUUCCUGGAAAGGCCGUCUGGCUGGAAAUGCUUCGUGUAUCAUUUCACAGUGUUUCUCAUAGUUCUGGCCUGUCUGAUCCUCAGCGUUCUGUCUACCAUCGACCAGUACCAGGCCCUGGCUCACACAACGCUCUUCUGGGUGGAGAUUGUCCUUGUGGUGUUCUUCGGUGUGGAGUAUUUUGUCCGCCUCUGGUCAGCAGGCUGCCGCAGUAAAUAUGUUGGCAUCUGCGGCCGACUACGCUUUGCCAGGAAGCCGAUAUCUAUUAUAGAUCUGAUUGUAGUUGCUGCCUCGAUUAUUGUGCUGUCAGUGGGCUCGAAAGGCCAGGUUUUUGCCACCUCUGCUGUAAGAGGGAUUCGCUUCCUGCAGAUCCUGCGAAUGCUUCACGUGGAUCGGCAGGGAGGAACCUGGCGUCUGCUUGGCUCCGUCGUCUUUAUCCAUCGGCAGGAGCUGAUCACUACCUUAUACAUUGGCUUUCUGAGCCUGAUCUUCUCCUCAUACUUUGUCUACCUGGCAGAGAAAGAUGCAGUUGACAGCAGUGGCUCCAACGAGUUUGGAAACUAUGCCGAUGCCCUGUGGUGGGGAGUGGUGACAGUGACUACCAUUGGGUAUGGAGACAAAGUGCCACAAACCUGGAUUGGAAAGACCAUUGCAUCCUGUUUCUCAGUCUUUGCCAUUUCCUUCUUUGCUCUGCCUGCAGGAAUCUUAGGCUCUGGCUUCGCCCUGAAGGUGCAGCAGAAGCAAAGACAAAAACACUUCAACAGACAGAUCCCUGCAGCUGCCUGUCUCAUUCAGACAUCAUGGAGAUGUUUUGCAGUGGAGAACUUGGAUUCAGCCACAUUCAAGAUGUUUUUGAAGAAGAGAUCCAACAUCCCUGCCUCCUCUCUGUCCUCCCCCAAGCCCAAGAAAUCGGUGAAGAUAAGGAGGAAGCUGAAGAGCAGUGACAAGGGCAACGGUCCAACUUCUCCCACAAUACCCAGCAUCACAUUCGACUCUGUAUUUGACAGCGGCAGAGAGCUGAGUUCAGAUGUGUACAGCACUGUAGGCACAGAUUGCCAGCAGUCCUGGACGUCUUUGUCCUCCCUUCAGUUCAGCUCACCGCCCCCAGUGAAAAGAAGCCCAGGCCUGCUGGACGUCCACUCCCCCCCUCCCAUGCAGAGGAACUGCAGCUUUGCAGAUGACCUGGAGCAAGAGGCGGAGCGGUACAAUGAUCUGGUUCCUGUCAGCUCCAGGUCACAAUUGACAGAGUCUCACCGAAAAGCCAUCCGGGUGAUCCAGAGAAUGCGUUAUUUUGUAGCCAAGAGAAACUUCCAGCAAGCUCGUAAGCCCUAUGAUGUACGGGACGUCAUUGAGCAAUACUCUCAGGGUCACCUCAACCUCAUGGUGCGAAUUAAGGAGCUGCAAAGAAGACUGGACCAGUCAAUAGGGAAGAUAACUUUGUUCCAGUCGGGCACCGACCGAGCUAAAGACAAAGGCACCAAUUCAAUCGGAUCCCGACUCAACAGGAUGGAGGACAAGAUAACGCACAUGGACCAAACACUAAACCGCAUCGCAGAGUCUCUCACCUUCCUGCUGGCCCAGAGGGCCCUGGGUGAUUCUGAAGGUGGAGGGGAAGGGGGAGACAGGGUGACAGUAAGGCGUGGAAGGACCUGUAAUGUCCUCCCGAGUCAGGACAGUCUGCCAAGCUAUGACCAGCUGUCUUCAUCACCUUCCUCCCUCUCCUCCAACACCGCAGCUGGCCCUAACCAUGCCCUUAGCAGCUACGCCAGUCGGGAGGAGAACUGCUGAGACCAGGACAUUUUUCUCUUUUUAAAACAAUUUAUAAAAUGUAUUCAGAUCAAAUUAAGUUAUCUAUUAAUCUGUUUAUCUGUUUGUCCGUUCGUCAGCUGUCUAGAAUUUAGAUACAAAUAUCCUUUACGACUUAAGUAAGACUUAUUGAUGUCUGAUUUACUUUACCUUUCUUUUUAAAAUGCAGGAUAUAUUAUGCAAGAGAAAAUAUAAAGUAUACAUCUAUUCUGUGAAAACAGCCUUUUCCUUUGUGGUAACUAGCAGAGAUACAGACAACUAUAGCACUUGUGCAACAAAUCCAUAUGAAUGCAGAAUCUGUAAAAGGGGAAGAUGGUGGUAUCCGAAGUGUUGUGGUUCCUGUCUAUGGUCUGAAAAGUGUUGGCCAAUCAUGUAGGAGCGGGCUUUACUUGAAUGAAGGUAAACAGUCUGUGUGUAGCGCAAAAAAGAAGGAAUGCAUUGCCCAAAAUGUACAUGUUGAUUAAUCAUUCAUUGUUUGACAAUUAUUUGUUAGCUUAAAAUGUGCUUGUAAACCUACUUGUGUUUGAGACAAAUAAUGAACAAAGCGCGGAAAAGAAAGUGUUGAACUACUUGUUGAUAAGUUAGCUUAGCUGUAACGCAAAUCGGUAACGCUUAGCAAAAAACUUAACUGUAGAGAGCAAUUGUUGUUUGUUGACACUGAAUGUAAUGUGUACUGGAGGCCACUCCCACUUUGGCCUUGUGGCCGUGCCCAACACCAAAUUCUAGGUCCAAAAUUUGACCCACUCUGAAUUUAUCAUAUUACUCUCUGCCUUUAUUUAGCUAUAGCAGCUUUGCUGAAUUCAAUCUAUUAUUGACAUCUCAACUAUGAUUUUCAGCAUGUUGUGUCAGCAUUAGUUUCAUGUCUUUCAUAAAUGAUUUCCUUGUUGGAUUUUUAGUUUCUUUUUUUUAAUAUAACUUAAAAUUGAUUCAGGUUACAUUAAUGCCAAACAUGUUGCCCCUGCUAUGACAUCAUGUACUGUACUUCAAUAUGCUGUAUUCUUGUAGGAAUACAGCAUAUGGAUUUAGGAUUUAAACUAUAUUUGAGGAACAAUGCCUUACAUUUCAAAACUUGACUUUCAAUUUAAUCAGAUGCUGUUUUCACAGUUUUUUCACAUUUGUAAUAUUUAGAAAUAUUCUU